ACCGAACCGUCACCUUCGCUCGUCUCUCACGUGAGUUGCACGCGAUGUAUGCGCUCACCGUUUCCUGACCUACCCACUCCAUCGCACAUCUCACCCCUCACCUGGCCUCGCUCUGGCGGCGGCCCCUGCGACCCCUCCGGCCCCUCCGACCCGGCGAGCAACCGACCGAGGCGUUUCAUCCGGCGACCUCUCCGACCCGGCGAGCAGCCGACCGAGUCGUUUUCUCCGGUGACCGAGCAGGCGGCCUCUCCGGCGACCUCUCCAACCCGGCGAGCAGCCGGCCCCUCCGGCGACCUCUGCGGCCUGGCGAGCAGCAGCCCCCUUCUGCGAGCAGGCAGAUCCUCCGAAUCGACUCCAGCGCCCCCCACUCCUCUGUCCUCCUGCGACCCGGCGACUCCUCCGACCCGGCCCUCUCGCCCAGCGCGGAAGAGAAGCUCCAGCCGAGGGUCAUUCUGUACCACUGAGAGGUCAAUGUGAAGGGGGACUUGUAAUUCUAUACAUAUUAGAGUUAGUUUUCUUUUUCUUUCUCCAUUUAUUCGGAGUGAGAAACAAAACUUCUCAUGGCAUCGCCGCAAGAAUCCAAUUCCCUGUGCUUGAAGCGAAAGCUCAUCGAUGGCUGCCUGUCGAAAGACUGCAAAUCUCGUCGAGUCAAAUCUGAGAAUGGGCCUUCAUUUGAUUCAUCUGCUAAACGCUGCAACUGUUGUUGCACGCGACCUAACCUUGCUAAUGAUUGUGUUAAUUUCCUGAAGAGUGGAGUGCCCAGCCGUAUCAUGUAUUACAAACAAGGUUCUUGGCACAAUUUUCCUGAGCAAAUAAUGAAGUCCCUCAUUGAAGAAUUCAGAGGCAAUAAAUCGAGUGUUGUUGCUGUGAUGGACGAUGAGCCUCUUCUUGUUGAUUUCUUGUCAAUGACCCUCGUCAACCUAAAAACUAGAAAGCAGCGGUCUGUUGCAUGGCUUGAUGACACUGGCAAGUGUUUCUCUCCUUCUCUUUUCUUUGAUGAGGAAAGUGAUGAAAUGACUAAAGGGGAUUCUGGUAACGUUGACGGCACUGCACAGGGAAUAAUGUCAGAUAAGGUUGCAAAUUCUCCCCCUGAAGUGGUGAAGCAAGUUGUCCUUGAAUCUAGUCCUCCAGUUUCUCAAAAACCUUCCACGGUAGAUGUAUUGCGCAAGAAAAUCACAUCUGUGGAAAGAGGCAGCGAAGGCUUUCUAUUUGUCCAGGACCUUUUCCUCUCUGGUAUGGGAUCAUUUGCAGCACCAAGUAGCAUACUUCAUGUCCACCGCCACUCUCCGAAUGAUAUCACUGCACAGUGUAGACUUGAAGCUUUUGAAAGACAGAUGAGGUCCACUAAAGAAGAACGUGGUGAUGCAAAUGUAAGAUAUGGAUGGCUAGGAUCGAGGAAGAAUGACAUAAUUAGGAUUCUGAUUAAUGGUUUGGGUACCACUGCAAAACCUGUUGAGAAGGCAAGUUUGAGUGCUGGUGUAUAUCUUUCGCCAGAAAACCGAGCCUUUACCAGUGUUGGUCUUUGUGAUGUUGACGAAAAAGGAGUGCAGUAUAUGUUGCUCUGCCGAGUGAUAUUGGGCAACAUGGAAGCUGUUGAGCCUGGAUCACAAGAGUCUUUUCCAAGCAGCGAGAUGUAUGAUUCUGGUGUAGAUGAUUGUUCAAACCCGAAGUGUUAUGUGAUGUGGCCAUCACAUCUAAGCACUCACAUGCGUUUAGAAUAUCUUGUUAGUUUCAAGCUAGUCCCAAAAGUUCAAAAUUAUUUGCUUGGCUUGAAGGGUUUAUGGUUUCACCCAUCACCAAAGGAUGUUGCAGUGGAUAUUUCUUCUCUUCAACCUGUAAUGUGUGAAACAGGUGAAGGACCAACUUCCCCAUGGAUAUCAUUCAGAGUUCUCUUUGGGGUAAUUCAAGACAAUAUAUCAUCUGUAGCAAGGGAGCUGCUCUUCCAUCAUUAUGAAGAGCUGAAGGAAAGCAAAAUAACUCGCGCAGAAAUGGUGAAGAAGAUGAUAAUAAUAGUUGGAGAAAAAAUACUUUUGGAAGCCUUGAAGAAACUUCAUUACUGUCCAUCAUUAUGGUACAAGCCUUCUGUCGAAGCUGUGUCUGGUGACCCUGCAAGUGCAACACCAGAACUGUUAUCCUUGGACGAGACAGGCAAUAAUUGUUCAUUAACUCUUAGUGUUAACCAUUGUGAUUCACAUGCACCAAAUGCCGCGGCUGAACACUCCGCAGUUCUUAUCACCAAAGGAUGUGAUACCCUUGCAACAGAUAUGGUGCCCAAAGGUCAUGUUGGUCUGGCACCGAGUGGUGUGCCAGAAACAUCUAGUUCUGCCGGUGCCAUAUGCCAGGGUUCUCCAAUUGUGGAACCCGAAGUUAGAAAUUCUUUUAGACAAAUCAUGUCACCUGGAAACUCUGCUGCUGGAUGUGCCAAAAACCAAGAUUCUUUUGUAGCAAGAGUGGCACCUAUAGUUCGUGAUGGCCUUUUGAGGACGAUUUCUGGAGGAUCUGCAUCUCCUGGUGUGGAAGUUUGCAAUUCUGUUACACCAAUCAAAGGACCUCCUGGUUAUGCUUCUGUAGCACCAACUAAUGCCUCAAAAACCCAUGGAAUUUUUACUCCAGUUUUCAUUUCUAAGGACUGUAAAUCUGUUGUACCAAGCUUGGCACUUGGAAAUUCUAAGAGUACAUGCGUGAAACGCCUCAAUUCUGCACCAAGAGUGACACCUGAAGGCCAGGAAUUUCUUUCACUAGGUAUUACAUCACAAAGCCCAGCACUUCAUUCAGUAAAUGGCCAGGCUAGUUCAACAUCGGUUGCCAUACCUCUAGUUCAUGCUCCAGGUGGAAAUUCACCAUCUAUGAGUACUGACGGCCGUGACUCUCUGGCACUGAGUAUCACACUCAAAGGCCAUGAUGGUCCAGCAUCAAGUAAAACGCCAAAGUGCCUUGAAUCUCCGAGAGCUGAUACCUUGCCAAAAGGCGAUCGCCCUCAAGCCCAGGAUGCGACCACCAAGGUGUAUAGUGCUCCAACACCGAUAACUGUGGAGCCAAAAAACCGCGGCUCCCAGAAUAAAUUAUCUGGGCCAGUUCUUGAUGCUAGCAGCCAUGCCGCGGGGGCAGCUAAUGCCCUCGUUGCCCUAUCAACUCUGCGAGAGAAGGGCGGGCAUUAGAGUAGUAGCAGCAGCAGCAGUGUUAAGAUCGCGCCAUUUCCGUUGUAUCUCCUUGUUCUGUACAUGUGAUGUUACCCGUUUCCAUGUACAUGUGGGUGUAAACCGGUGGGAUGGACUAGUUUGUUUAUUUAUUUCGUAGGACAGGAGUCACCCCGUCGACCUCUGAACAUAAAAUUCUCUUUGAUCCGUGGUAGUGAGAUGAUCUUAAACAAUGUUUCCCUGUGCG